UAAAAAUCCACGUGGCAGCAUUGACUUUUCCCGCGCGUAGUGGUCGCCAAGUAAACAGGGGGGAUAACGAACUGAGCAACCAAUGUGAGAUCUGUUUUACAAGUUAGUUAUAAUAGAGCGAGAGAGAGAAAGAGAGAUAUCCCAAAAUAAUCAAAUCUGAGACGAGAUGCCGUACUACACCAGCAACGACGAUGACGUGGAUGACUUCAACGACUACGAUCCGACGCCGUAUAGCGGAGGCUAUGACAUCACCGUGACGUACGGCCGGCCAGUCCCUCCUUCCGACGAGACUUGCUACCCUCUCUCCUCUCGCUCCGGCGACGCCUUCGAGUACCAGCGGCCCGUGUUUUCUUCCAGCAAAGAGCCCGCUGCUUACGGCGACCAGGCUCUCAACACCGAGUACAGCAGCUACGCCCGACCCAAGACCCGACCCGGAGGUCAAGGAGGAUCUGGAUCUGACUUUGGCCGGAAACCUGAUUCCGGGAGGACGGAGGUCGAGUACGGACGGAGGCCUGAGUCUGGUGGUUAUGGCGGAAGGACGGAGGUUGAGUAUGGCCGGAAACCUGAAUCGGAGCACGGAUCUGGCUAUGGCCAUCGCAAGGAUGAAGAUGGUGAUAAGAAAGAGAGCCACAGAAAAGACAGUGGCAAGGACUCUGAUGAUGAGAAGAGCAAGAUGAAGGAGAAGAAGAAGGAUAAGGAUAAGAAGAAAGAUGGCUAUAACUCUGGCGAUGAUGAGAAGAAGAAGAAGAACAAGAACAAGGACCAUCGUGAUGAUUAUGAUGACAAGAAGAAGAAGAAAGACCAUUAUGGUAGUGAUGAUGACAAGAAGAAGAAAACGGAUCAUCAUGGUGAUUAUGAUGACAAGAAGAAGAAGAAGAAGAAGGAUCAUUAUGGUAGUGAUGAUGACAAGAAGAAGAAUAAGAAGGAUAAGCAUCACAAGGGACAUCGUGAAUACGAUGACUAGAAACCCCCUUCUUCCUAUAUAAGGAUUGCAUCUCUCUAGCUUUUUAGUCACUAAUUCAGUAACCCCACGCACACUUUUCUCUAAGUUCAUUUCAAUUGUUGUUUUGUUUGUGGUUUCCCAUUUGUGCUAUCUUCUAUAAGACAUGAAAUUAUGCAUUAUGAGUUUUCUAGUGA